UUUUUGAUAUUUUUGUAUUUCUUCAAGUUGACGGGUUUUGAGAGGGGGUAUGAAGUCAGAAACACGUCUGCCAGAUAAAAAGUUAGAUGUGAUUUGAUCAGAUUCUCAAAGACUUUUUGCGAGACUCUGAUCCUUAUCGCUUCUCUCCCUCUCUCGCUUGACCUCACUUCGUCGUCGAAAACAUCAGAUCCGUGAGAAAAUGGCGCCCAAGUACGAUAUGGAGAAGAUGGAGCUCCGUAAGAACUUCCGUAACGUUUGGCAUACCGAUCUCUCUCACAGUAUCCAGAACGAUACUCCCUAUUGCUGCUUCGCAUUGUGGUGUGCCCCUUGUGCAUCAUAUUUGCUUCGCAAGCGUGCUCUUUAUAAUGAUAUGUCAAGGUACAUUUGCUGUGCGGGUUACAUGCCUUGUAGCGGCAGGUGUGGAGAAACCAAAUGUCCUCAACUUUGUCUUGCUACUGAGGUCUUUUGCUGCUUUGGAACGUCUGUGGCCUCGACUCGUUUUCUUCUUCAAGAUGAGUUCCAAAUUCAGACAACACAAUGUGACAACUGCAUCAUUGGUUUCAUGGUUUGCCUGAGCCAAGUGGCUUGCAUAUUCUCCAUAGUUGCAUGUAUAGUCGGUAUUGAUGAGCUUUCAGAAGCUUCUCAGUUGCUCUCUUGUUUAGCUGACAUGGUGUACUGCACGGUUUGCGCAUGUAUGCAGACACAACAUAAAGUGGAAAUGGACAAGAGAGACGGUAAGUUCGGCCCACAGCCAAUGGCAGUGCCUCCGCCUCAACAAAUGUCCCGGUUUGAUCAAGCCAUCCCACCCACAGUCGGUUACCCUCCACAACAAGGUUAUCCACCUUCUGGUUAUCCUCAACACCCUCCACAAGGUUAUCCACCUAUGGGAUAUCCCCAAAACCCUCGUCCAGCUUAUUCUCAAUACCCUCCUGCGGCUUAUCCUCCUCCUCCCACUUACCCAAAGUAAUAACUCUCUGCCUGGUUUCUCUCCUGACUUGGAAAGUUUCAUUUCUAUAUCUUUUCUUGAUUCACUUUCACAUCGUUGAUGUAUAUUCACUUUCUGGUUAUGGGUCAAGCGUUGAACGUUCGCUGAUUGUUUUGAGGUCAUUGUUUGUAUGAGAUUUGACUUCACCCGUUGUCGUUAUUUUCUGAAACGUCCCUCUUGGACUAAGAGAUUUGAUGAAUUUUUCAUUUCCUUUUGAAUA